ACAGGGGACCCAUCCCUCGGCAAGAGUCAUCAUCAUCCAUCAUCACCCAAUUUCGAGUCCGAAAACGACUCACCGCGAAGACAUCGCGAGCGCUGCUGACGGCCAGCCCAGAAUAGUCUGGUCAGACCUGUCUUUUUCUUUUCUUUUUUCCGUUUUACUCACCUCACCGUGGCGACUGUUUGCCAUUGCAUCUGCCGUAAUCUGCCCGAGACUUUAACCACCCAACCUUCUUGGGGACAACCUCUUAUGGCACAACCUCCUUACAGCACCGCCUUCUACAGGACAACCUCUUUUCGGAUAACCUCCUAGUACCCUCUACGCCGACCUCCUUCCAUCCUACAGGAUACCCACCCAACUACAAAUCAUAAUUCCUAACCUUACAGAAGACAGCCUCCCGCAUCUUUUCGACGCUGCCUUCGUGACUUCCUAUGUCUGCUUGCGUCUGGCACUUCUUGACAUAACAAUCUUUGCUUAUGGCCGGUCGGAUGCAUACCACGCCAUCGCUGCAGGCGAGCGCUGAUCGAUAGCACCUCCCAUCCUUAGAGACCUUGCCGCUUGCUGUCAAACAAGGCCUUGGUAACAGCCGCUCGACCAUGGAUCCUGAGGACCAGAGGGAUGUUGAGCUGUCGACCCUGGCAGCCAUCUUCCCCGAGAUUCAGAGACUGAGUGACAAUGACCUGUACAGCUUUGUGCUGGAUGUUCCUGUGAACCCAACAAAGGCCGUCACGGUGUUUUUCCCCGCCGCCGCAGAGGCACAGGGUCUCGACCCAGGGGCAACACUGGAAGCUGGGGCUGCUACCACGCGGCCGGACACGAACGGAGUUGAUUCUCACGAGCUAUCACACCUACCUGCUGUCCGCGUACAGAUCUCGCUGCCUCCGGCAUAUCCGGCAGAGCAGCCGCCAGCUGCCAGCGUGUCAACCCAGCCAUCGUGGCUCCCCGCAGACACGGCCAAGAGGCUGGAAGACGACUGCGCGCGCUUGUGGGAGGAGCUGGGUCGCGAUCUCGUCGCCUUUACGUACCUUGACCAUGUGCAGCAGUCAGCAGACGAUGUCUUUGGGCUUGUGAGUGACGUGGGAGCUUUGCAGAUCAGUCCUGAGCACAAGAUUGCGGUUUUGGACUACGAUAUCGAGGCCAAGAGGGUUGCUUUCGAGAACGGAACGUUCGACUGUGGCGUCUGUCUUGAUCCGAAGAAAGGUUCCAAGUGCCAUCGCAUGAUAGACUGUGGCCAUGUGUUUUGUACCGAGUGUCUACAAAGCUUCUACAAUAAUGCCAUCAAAGAAGGCGAUCUUGCCGCCGUUCGAUGCCUAGAGCCCAGUUGCGCGAAAGAGAGAGCUGAUGCCGAGGCUUCCAACAGCCAGAAGCGGAGCAAGCGGAAGACAUUCAUCAGCCCCAGCGAACUUCUUCAGAUCCCCCUUGAGCCUGACAUGGUGAAACGCUACGUGACUCUCAAGUACAAGACAGAGCUCGAGUCAGACAAGAACACAGUCUACUGCCCGCGACCAUGGUGCCAGGGCGCGGCUCGGUCCAAGAAGCGCAAGAAGCCUGAAGGAUUCGAGCUACACGAGGCCGAGGAUAACUCGGACAGCGACACCGAAGAGGCGCCCAAGGCGGACACUGGGAAAGCUGUCCAGUCCAAGCCCCACGUUGACAGGCUCGCGAUAUGUGAGGACUGCGGCUUCGCCUUUUGUAGCAGGUGUUAUCAAGGCUGGCACGGAGACUUGGUCGUGUGUGCUCCCCGUCGUGAUGACGGGGAGCUCAGCGCGGAAGAGAAGGCCUCGCUGGACUUCAUCAGCUUGCACACUACGCCGUGUCCUACUUGUGCAUGCCCUGCCCAAAAGACGCAUGGUUGUAAUCAUAUGAUUUGCUACAGGUGCCAAACGCACUUCUGCUACCUGUGCUCGGCGUGGCUGGACCCUUCAAAUCCAUACCAGCACUUCAACCAGCAGCCUAAUGGCAAGAUCGGCAGCUGCUAUAUGAGGCUUUGGGAGUUGGAAGAGGGCGACGAGGACGGCCAGAACUUCUUUGCUGGAGGUCGUGGUGGGCAGCAGGACCCUAGGAACGAGCGGGAGAUCGCACUCGAGGAAGCUAUUAUCGGAGACGAAGACGUCAACCAGCAGCAACAGCCGCCUGAGCCACGACCAGCGCCCCACGAGAAUGGGCGGCGGGUGGACGUCGAGCGGGAAGGGCCCCUAGUCCUUCGCAUCGAUGCAGCCGCGCCGGCUCCAGGUGCAGCACGGCAGCCUGCUCCGGUGGCGCAACCGCGCGGCGGCGCGCAGAACAGAGGUAGAGGCAAUCCUGCAGGAGGGGCACGACAGCAAGCGGCUCGAGGGGGGCGAGGAAGGGGUUUCGGCCCACGACAGCACUUGAACCAGGGGCCAAACCGCGGCGCACAUAACUUUAUUCGACGGGAUCGUCACCUCCCCGCGCAGCAAUUGCGCGACGAAGCUGAACAGGAGGAGGUCCAAGCCGGAGAGGCGGCCUGGAUCAGACACUUUGUGCAGCUCGCGCUCAACGACAAUGAGGACCUGAUAGAGGACGAGUAGGCCGCGUGGACUGUUGUGCGUGCGUGCUUCGACUUGCCCACACAACAGCUCACAACACUCCCCACCGUCCAGCGAAAUAAAACGCUCGGCGACCGCGCCGCCCGGGCAAUGUGAUAAGGACACCUCAUCGCAACUUCCCGGGACGCGCCCCGGGCCAAGGUACACACGUAUACUACGACACUACGCAACAAUCUCGCUGCGCGGCCCCCGCUCACCGACCACGGUAGCAUCGAAACACCAGAUCACUCGACCAGCCCCAUGGACCGACCCAGCCAGGCGCGAACGAAGGGGGGCAAAAGGUUUGAGCGCAACCCGUCCGAUCAUUUCCCCUUCCCUUGCCAUGCUCGGCCGAGCGACCAGCCGCGUUGACCAUGGAUGGGCCGAAGACUCGCGCGAGACAGCGAUGAAGUACCAAGACCAGAUAAAAAGACUUGCCAGCCAGGGUGUGUACUGUACAACCAGACAACCAGCCUGCCAGCCUUCCCCCGUGGCCCGUGCUGUUGACCCGCCCGCGUAACAGCUGCCGACAAAAGGUAAUCGAGUGGGCUAGUUCCGGCUGCGAGGCGAUCCCACUUUUUCGCCGGCGAGGACAGAUCAGAUCGAAUGGGCGAUGCGACGUGGGGUGGAAAGGCUAUCCCUCUUAGGAAGCGGGCCUCUUGACGGGGGGAGGCUGGCAAGCGUUGCGAGCUGGGGGGGAGGCAACUUUUGGCUCUCGCACCAAGUGGGGAUGGAGGAGAGGGCACGCAAUGACAGUAGAAUAUGGCCCACGGGCAAAGUACAAUUGUACAUGGUGGUAUCCCGUACAAUACAUUCUACUAUGUAGUAGAGGCAACAUCAGAAAGUACAUUGGCCCAACUCUUCCUGGAGCCCCAUGUCCGAAUCCAGUUCGCCCAAACACCCCCGCGCCUCGGGCCUUGGUUCAUUAUCAGGCCAUGCUGACGUUGC